AACAUUUUUUCGAAGAGACGCGCGAGUUUUUAACUUGACUCUCUUUCGGGAGAAAGAAGAAACGGGAUGCGCGAACACGCGGGAUACGCGCGAGAUGCGUGCACGACGUCUCUCUCUCUCUCCCUCCUCGCGGUCCAUCGAUCGAAUCCUGCGCAUUCGGGGGAGGCUGGCCAUAUUAUUUUCCCCGAUCUCCCGAUCUUUCCCUCGGCGCCGCCGUGUGUUCCCGCUGUGUGUGUGCUGGUGGUCGAUGCCGCAGAUCGAGGGCCUCGCCGCGAUUUUUGCCACGCAAAUCGCGGUGUAGAUUUUCAGAGAGAAGAGCGAAAACAACAUCGGGGGCCCGUAAUCAUGCGGCUCAGUUAGGCGGUCUCUGGUCAUUUCAUCACACGUCCUUUUCCACCCUUUUCGUCCCUUCACCUUCAUGAAGCCUCGCUUACGACCGAGGUCGUUUUUAAUUUAAUUUCGCCUCCACGUCGGUGCCGUUCGUCGGAUUGCGCCGCGAGAAAGGACAGGAAAUUGGGAUCUCUCUAGGAGGAACGAGCGGAGGACUCGAGGAUUCGCCCACCUGAAGCAACAGAUAGGAGGAAAUGGCAAAUUUUCGUGGGUUUUACAUACCGUCCCUGGGAGCGACGAUCAACGUCGCCUGGGAGACUCUGAAAGCGAAGUGGCCGGAGAACAGCCCGUGCGUGGAGCUGUUACGCAGCGGCGGUAUGAGCGGCAUGGGGCGUCCUCAGGCCCAGGACGAUCAGGGCCAAUUCAAGUCGUUCGACGAGGGCCGCGACAACACCGAGAUGAUGACCAUGAACGGGGACCAGGCGUAUCGGGAUCAGAAUAACGUGGCGGUCGCCGAGGACUCGUUCAGCUAUCAGAGAAACGGGGAUAAGGUUCGAACCGGAAGCGUGAGCAGCGGGGAGUUCAGCGAGUACGACGAGGGCGGUGGAGAAUUCGGCAGUCCGGGAGUUAAGAUCAACGAGUGGCAAGCCGCCUGGAACGUUACAAAUGCCAUUCAGGGAAUGUUCAUCGUCAACUUGCCGUUCGCCGUUCUGCGCGGCGGUUACUGGGCGAUCGUAGCGAUGAUCGGGAUCGCGUACAUCUGCUGUUACACCGGCAAGAUCCUGGUCGAGUGUCUGUACGAGCUGGACUCGGUGACGGGUCAGCGUGUGCGCGUACGGGACUCGUACGUGGCGAUCGCGAAGGAGUGCUUCGGGCCGAGAUGGGGCGCUCGCGCCGUCAACAUCGCGCAGAUCAUCGAACUGCUGAUGACCUGCAUCCUGUACGUGGUCGUGUGCGGCGACCUGAUGAUCGGCUCGUAUCCCGAGGGCGCGAUCGACGUACGCAGCUGGAUGAUGCUAGUCGGCAUAUUCCUGCUGCCGCUCGGCUUCCUAAAGUCGCUUCAGCAUGUCUCAAUGCUGAGCUUCUGGUGUACGAUGUCCCAUCUUCUCAUCAACGCGGUCAUCAUCGGUUACUGUAUCCUCGAGAUCGGUGACUGGGGAUGGUCGAAGGUGAGGUGGACAAUCGACAUGAAGAAGUUCCCAAUCUCGCUCGGCGUGAUCGUUUUCAGUUACACAUCGCAGAUCUUUCUGCCGACCCUCGAGGGCAAUCUCAUCGAUCGCUCAAUGUUCGACUACAUGCUGAACUGGAGCCACAUCGCCGCGGCCGCGUUCAAGUCGAUCUUCGGCUGGAUCUGCUUCAUGACCUUCCAGAACGACACGCAGCAGGUGAUCACGAACAAUCUGCACUCGGUCACUUUCAAGGCCAUGGUGAAUCUGUGCCUGGUCAUCAAGGCGGUGCUCUCCUACCCGCUGCCAUAUUACGCGGCUUGCGAGCUGCUCGAGCGCGCGUUCUUCCGCGGCCGACCGAAGACGAUCUUCCCGACCAUCUGGACGGUCGAUCACGAGCUGAAGGUCUGGGGCCUCGCCUGGCGAGUCGGCGUGAUCGUGUUCACCAUACUGAUGGCGAUCUUCAUACCGCACUUCAGCAUACUGAUGGGUUUCAUCGGUUCGUUCACCGGCACCAUGCUGUCUUUCAUCUGGCCUUGCUACUUCCAUCUGAAACUGAAAAGGAACUCGAUGGAAUGGAGCGCCGUCGCGUACGACUGCUUUGUCAUCUUUCUCGGUAUUCUCUUCGGCGUGAUCGGCGUCUACGAUUCCGGUACCGCGCUGAUCGACGCCUUCCAGAUCGGCCUGCCUUUCUGAACGGUCUCCCGUAGACAGCCAGACCGUUCCGUUAUUGUUCUUGUCUUAUACCAAAAUGAUAUUACAGAGAAAUUGCCCACGAGCCGUCGAAGUAGCCGACCCUCGACCUUACCAUGUUGCUCGAUAUUACGCAAUACUUGCUAACGCAUGCGGAAGACCACAUCUGGAUCCCUGAAGCGGUAAGCUAAAAAAACAAACACCUGCUUUAGGAAAUUUCUCAGUAAAAAAAAAAAAAAAAAAAAAAAACUUAGGAAUUCUCUGGAGUAAUCAGUUCACUAGUCUGUACGGAAUUACGUUUUGAACUUGCGUUUUACAGAGAAUUGUGUAAAAAAAAAAAAAAUGUAUAUCAAUGUGCGCGCGUAAACAUAUCUGAUGAGAAAACCUUGAGAUCGUCCGCCCGAUGAUUUGUUUCGCAUUCGCGAGCUGAUGUCUUCCUCCUAAAAUGUCUUCCAAGAUGCAGCGGCAGAGCGCAGCCUCUAUUAAACUAGUUGAACUAUACUGUUACAGUUUUUUGGAUUUUAUAAUUGUAUUUGCGGUGUGCGAUGAGACGCCACCCGUGUAUGAGUUUCAAGUCGACGCGUCGAGAAUUGGGAGACAACGACGACGACGUUCGGCGCGCCGAUCGAUCUCGAGUUCGUCGCUUUGCGUUUCGGAUCGAUGAUAAAUCUGACCGGAGGAGCGAUCCGACGCGCCGCCGUCCUGUCGCCGUGUACAAAACGAGACGCGAGAAACGAACAGUUUUACCGAGUACAAUUAGUUGUAUAAUCCAACGUCUUCCAAGAUCGCAUAGAUCGCACACACACGUUAGAGUCUAAGAAGAAUUAGAUUUACGUAGCCACGUUCCACGUGUUUGCGGAAUGCCGCGACGAUGUGGCUCAUAGAAGAGCGAAAUUUCUCGGAUUUUUAAGAAAAAAACGCGAAUCCUCAAGACAAUAAAUUAAAUAAAUAAGUUCGAACAGCGUGGGGAUUCUCGAUUUUGUUAUUAAAUUGUUUUCGGAACAUUUUUGAAUUCACAGAUAUAAUAUAAUUCUUACGCGAAUGUGCGGAUAUUUUGUACAUAUCACGAAUUGUAGUGUCUUUUUUUUUCUCUUUUUUAUUUCUCUCGGAGAGCCGUUCGCGUGCGUUUCCGCAAACGUGGAAAAUUCGUAAAGCGCGAGACCUAAAGCGCGCAUUAAAUAAAAAUAAUCGUGAAACGAGUCUUCCACUAAUGUCUUCCAGAAACAAAGAGAUGUUGCAGAAAAUAAUAUAAACUAUUAUAUAUAUAUAUAUAUAUAUACAUAUGAUGAUGAUGUAUUACUAUUUAUUGAGCAAGGCGCAUCUUUGUCGAAUUAAGCGUUAAACAAUUGAGAGUUGUAGACGUUAAGCGUUAACUCGUAAGGUUUACGAUCAUUACGCAUUAAAAAAAAAAAAAAGAAUAAAAAAAUUGAUGUUUCAUAUUCGGUGAAUAUAUCAAUGACACAUACACACACACACACACAUAACUGUAAGUAAACUCAUGCUGUUUAUAAAGAAAAAAAAAGAAUCAAAUUUAGAUCGUUAACAAGGGGAUCAUCUUACUUCUUUGUAUCAACAAUAAUUACGCAGAGUGAUUGAAUGAGAUAAUUAAAUUGUAAUUGGAACUUUCUUUUCGUGGUCGAAAUUUUUUUCUCUUCGGUGAGCGAUACAAGAAAAUUCACGAAAAAGUCUUUUGUCCAAAAAAAAGACAAAAAAAAACAAAAUAAAGUAAAAUUCACAAUUUUGCUUUGUUUCAAUUUCGUCGAGAUCUCAGCCCGAGAGAAACUAAAGCGAAGAAAAAUUCAAAAGAACGAGAUCGCUGACCCGAUGAACAAAAUUGAACCGCCACGAAGAGACAAUCCCGAGAAGACGCUGAUGAUGAUUGCAAUCUUAAAUGUGAAACGAGAAUAUAGGCUUAUAUACAAAAUGCUUUCUCCAGAAAUAUCCAUAUUUUGUGGCGUUUCGGGACGAGCGGAACCUCAUCAGUGUUGUGUAGACAGAAAUAUACCUUAUUAAACGUUAUAAACUGAUGUAAAGCGGCAUCCGUACUAUGAGAAAACGCAUUAAUCCGUAUGAGUAUAUGGAAGAAAUUGAAAAUAUAUUAACAAAAUUUUAUGAAAAGCUCUUACAUCUCUCAUUUCGUCCGAACCAACUGGAAUCCCAAAAUGGGAGCUCGCCAUUCAUCACUUCACACUACCGAGCAAUGAAUUAUUACCCUCGCUCUCUUUUGAAAAGAACCCGAUAUGUGGCAAUCGUUUAUCCUUUCCAUGCAACUUGAGUUCAUUUUUUUUCACAGAUUUUCGCUUCGCACUUUAUAGACAUUUUCUAAAAAAGGGAUGAAGGAUCUUGGUGGUGGCGAACAUUUUAUCCAAACAGUUCAAUUUAUUAACAAUGCUUUAUUAUUUGUUUUCUUUUUUACAUAUUAGAAUAUGCUAAUUAGAAAUGCACAAAACCUAUGGCUGAAAAUAAUAGUUUAUUUAGAAGGCUUGGUACUGAGUAUGGCAACGCCUUGGACUCUCCCUUGAGAUAUUAGACCAAUCGAAUCAUCAGUGAACAAUUUUUCUUUAAGUAGAAAAAAUGUAAGACAGUUGAGUUUUGAGAAAAAUCUAUAAAACGUUAAGUCAAAGUUUUUUCGGAAAAGGGAAACUCUCUUACAAUUGUUACACUAGUCUCUAAUUCGAGAGUUCUUUUUCAGGCUUCCUGUCCUAGUAUAUAAAAUACAUAAAAACAAAACAAAACGCGGGGAGAUCAUUAAUCUGAAUAUGUAUGUGUGUGAGCGUGUAACGCUGUCUACAUAACCGUUCCUCCCACACUUGCUUUUCACAUUGAUCCAAUUACGUUUAAAUUAUUCACCGACGCGCGAAUUCAGUCCAUAAAAACGCAUAAAAAAACAAGCCUCUAAAAAUAAUAUCAACGAAUCACAAAAAAGCAACGAGAAAAAAGAACAAAAAUA